UCACUGUUAAUGCGUUGGAAGGCAAAGACUGCAAGGAAUCUGUGAAGCUGAUUGCAGAAAGCUCUAAUCUCUCAGAAGAGCAACUUGCGUUCCUCAUUUCUGGCAUGUAUACCCUUCUCCGAGAAGCGCUGAGACUUCCCUUAUCAACUUUCAAACAAGAAGUGUUUAAAGAAGACCUAAAGGAGCUCAGGAUACCGGAAGAUUUCAUUGUGGACUUUUCCAGUAUAGUCUUUGGUAACAGGCGUCCUGAUUCCGAAAGCACAGCUCUGAUACGAGGAAGUAGACUGCCACGUGUCCAGGACCUCAAGUGGAGAGUGGACGUAGCUAUUUCCACAAGUUCACUGGCCCGGGCGCUUCAACCAUCCAUUCUGAUGAUGAUGAAGCUUUCAGAUGGGACAGCUCAUCGCUUUGAAGUGCCAGUUGCAAAGUUUCAAGAACUGAGAUACAACGUUGCCCUUAUACUGAAGGAAAUGAAUGAUUUGGAGAAAAGGAGCAUACUGAAGAUCCAGGACUGAACACUUUUACAUUGAGACUUUAUAGAAGAGAUCUGGAACCCUUGGCGCGUUCUGUGAAUCGCAAAGCAGGGGACCAUCACCACGUUGCCUGUCUGAACUGCAACACUGCAUUUAUGAUGUCUGCUGUAAAUAUUUUUUUUUUAUUUAAGUGUUAAAAGCACAAAUUCUUUUUGUAAGACGUAGGAAAACCAAAAAAAAAAUCAAAAAACAUAUAAUGCUGUUUGCGAGCAUUUUUGCAUGAUUCAUCAAAAUGUUUUUUAAAUAACUGUCUUAAUACAUGUAACAGUCAUUUAUUUCUGAUUAUGAUUCAUCACUCUAAUUAUUUUUGAAAGCCUGCUACCGGAAGCCCCAUCAAUGUGUAUCAUAAGAAAGCUCUGCAAUAUUUCAAAUAAAAAAUAAAAUAAAC